AUGGCUCCAAGAGUCAAAACAAUCGGGCUUGCCGAUCCGCGUGUCGACAAAUGCUCCGAUCGUGGUAACCACUACUACGACGAUGAUCAUCCUAUUGAAAGACCGAACACCGACAUUGUACCCCAAGAUAGUGGUCCAGACAUAUUCGACAUUAUUCGUGAAGAACUUGAAACCCAGGAAGUCGAAAAAGGAAAAGGCUUCUUUAUUCCGCGAAGCUCGCUCCAAGAGAUAUUCACUCCCGGGCGUCUCCUCGCAGCCAUACAACAACUGUGGAAGGAUGUCCCAGAAGAAGAUCACCAGCGACUUUGUAUCCGUGUUCUCCACGAAUCUCAUGACGGCAAUAACAAAGAAGUGACCUUCGCCCUCAAGAGGCUACACGCGUCCGAUAAAGAGGCUUUCGACAAGGAAUUGGCAUCCCUAAUCACCGUCAAGACCCAGAAAAGCACGCACCUCAUCAAGCUGCUCACCACAUUUUCCGUCGUUGAAGAAGAUGGCGGAAGUGAAGUGUUCUACCUGCUCUUCCCCUGGGCAGAGGGGAACCUGUGGAAAUACUGGAAAGUUCACCAGCCCAGUAACCAACAGGAACGCCUAACCUCCGCUCUGUGGAUGGCUCAACAAUGCCACCAACUCGCUCGUGCUCUGCUGUGCGUCCACAAUGAGAGAGAACAAACGCUGAAAUUGUACGAAUUUCCGGCCGGAAAAGACGAGCUAUACGGACGUCACGGCGAUAUCAAAGCUGAAAAUGUUCUUUAUUUUGAAGCUGACGGCAUGCUUGUACUUUCUGACUUUGGGCUUGGUCGCCUUCACACCAAAUAUUCUCGGUCCAAUGCUGACCCCAAAGCUCUCGAGAAAUCAGCAACCUAUCGAGCGCCCGAGUUCGACCUCGCUAGAGGUCGUAUAUCUCGAGCGUCCGAUGUCUUUUCGUUAGGGUGCAUGUUCCUCGAGUUCGUUACAUGGCAAAUUAUGGGAUAUGACGCUGUAUACAACGAGUUUCCCAAUCACCGCAUGGAAGAGGACAUCACAUAUGGUUUCGAAUCGGAUAUUUUCUUCAAGAUUGAGGGCGAAACCGCUAUCAUCAAGCCCAAGGUGCACGAGUGGAUGGUGCAGCUCAAGCAACACGAGAACGCAUCCGAGUACACUAAGCAGUUUCUCGAAGUCAUUGAGGAGAUGCUCAGCCCAUAUCCGAAGGAUCGAAUCAAUGUUGUGAAGCUCGAAAGAAAGCUUGAUCUUAUCAGAAAAACGUGUGAGAACGAUAUAAGCUACUAUGGCGCUCUACAUUCGUGA